GAACCACGUGACAAAAUUUGGGAAGAAAAACUCCCUGCGCCAUGGCUAUCUAUUGAACACACACAGCAUUUGCAAGCGGACUACAGUAUUAUAAUUAAUUAUACAUCCUGCGGAGGGCAGUAAUACGCCUAGAUGUAUCUAAACUGCCAGAAAUAGUAGAAGAAAAAGAGUUUUGUACCAGAGCCAUAAAAAAAGGCUCCAAAUCAUCGAGAUAAACAACUGUGGUGUGCAAGCAUUACAUAAGGCGAGCGUCAGCAGCCCCUGCUAACUAAAUUCUUCCGGGGCGGCUCCAUACAGCAUCCCGUUGGGCUGCGACCAAUAUCUGAGGCAGUUUAGAACGGUUUCGUAGGGUUUUCACCGAUAAUUGAGGCGUUCCGCCGGGCUUUAUCUACUAUCUCCGACGGUGCUUCCGGCACUACCCGAGUUUCCUCAGAAGAUGGCGGCGUGGUGUCUGGGCCGGAGCGGAGUCUGGUUGUGGUGGCGGACGGCCUGUCUGCAGUCAACCCGCAGUGCACAGACAGUGGCGGCAGCUGCACCUGCCACAACAUCUCGCAUAAAGAAAUUCGCCAUUUACAGAUGGAAUCCCGAUAAACCGGGAGACAAGCCUCGUAUGCAAACCUAUGAGAUUGACCUAAAUGCAUGUGGUCCAAUGGUACUAGAUGCUCUUAUCAAGAUCAAGAAUGAGAUUGACUCUACACUAACUUUCCGCAGGUCUUGCAGAGAGGGAAUUUGUGGCUCCUGUGCUAUGAACAUCAAUGGAGGGAACACUUUGGCAUGCAUCUGCAAAAUUGACACCAACCUCGACAAAGUAUCAAAGAUUUACCCCCUACCUCACAUGUAUGUAGUAAAGGAUCUUGUUCCGGACCUCAGUAACUUCUAUGCUCAGUACAAAUCAAUAAAACCUUACCUGCAGAAGAAGGAUGAAUCUCAAGCAGGCAAGGACCAGUACCUGCAAUCAAUUGAGGAUAGACAAAAACUGGAUGGUCUAUAUGAGUGUAUCCUUUGUGCCUGUUGCAGUACCAGCUGCCCUAGUUAUUGGUGGAAUGGAGAUAAGUACUUGGGCCCUGCAGUACUAAUGCAGGCAUACCGAUGGAUGAUUGACUCCAGGGAUGAUUUCACAGAGGAGCGCCUAGCUCAGCUACAAGAUCCCUUCUCCCUCUAUCGUUGCCACACUAUAAUGAAUUGCACAAAAACCUGUCCAAAGGGUCUGAAUCCUGGCCUAGCAAUUGCUGAGAUAAAGAAGAUGAUGGCAUCAUAUAAAGCGGAAGCUUCAGCAGCAUAGGAAAGUGUUUGUUAAGUUGUCUAUAUGCUGUAAUUAUUGUAAAUCUGAAGUAUCAAAUAAAUCAUUAGUGAUUUGAACAGUAAGUGAUAAUUGUUCAUCUAUAAACUCUUCAUUAGACAUUAAACUUCCACCUUUCCUAGUUUUAAGUGUUAAACUAUUGCUGGUGAAAUUACAUGAUCUCAAUUUUAGUAUGGUUACAGAUUUGCACAAGUGGAGGUUGUUCAA